GUGUUGUCUCGAGCUCGCCGUGAGCGGACUGUUACCGAGGAGGAGGGAGGGACACGCAGUCCUGAGAUGCUCCUUCAUGAGGAGCAAAGCAAUAUAUCAGCGACUCCAAUGCGGUGCCAAAUGUUUCUAAUUCGGUUUCUGCGUCUGUUUCCCGCGGGAUGCCGUUUGGUAAAAAAUGCGCAUAUGAAAUAAACGUGGGUGGGAUGCCUUCUGCGUUGGCCACUGGAUCUAACAGCCGUUAAAAUGCGGAUCUGCAUUUAGUAGAAACGAUGGAAAAUAUAUCUGUAUGCUGAGCAAACUGGAUGGGAGAUUUCUGAGGGAGAUGUUUGAAUAGACACUUUGUCCUUUACGUAUUUUUCUCGCCUUCUGAAUGGAUUGUAUCCGCGUUUCUCCUCAAAAGGUCUUAUUUUUUGGUUUACCUACUAAAAGCUUCGAUAUCGUACUGUUUUUACUUCACUUGAUAGUGCCAUGUUUCCUCUGAGGCGAUCCGACGUGAGGCGAAAAGUCUGACUGGACCUCCUUCAGAAGCAAACCAUCAACACUUCUGGAUUCUUCGACCAUUUUUUAUUCUAACUGUGUUUUGGAAGGUUAAAAUUCACGUUUUGGAUUAAAUACACGCUGAACGGAAAGUCUGUUCUGGGAUUUCAAACGAUCGUUUGAAUCGAGUCAGCCGUUUGGAAUAAAGAACCGUUAAGAAUCGGCGCCAAAGAUUUUGCGGCUGAUUUGGAUGCGAUUUCAUGGUCUAUAUUAAUUAAUAUAUCGUUUUACAGAUAUUCAUUUAUCCAAGUGAGCAUAUUGUUUCGAGACUCUGGACCCAGAGGAGGUGAUUUAGACAUAUUCCAUCUGAAGAUCGUGUACAUUUCUGUGCUGCUCCGAACUUGAGGCGUUUGGAUGCUCCAGGACGGAGGUGACAUCACUCCAGUUACCCAGAAGCCCUUUUGAGAUGACUGACACUGGAACAAGCUUCAUAUCUGGUGUAGGAAGCUGAUGAAUCAUGGAGAGGCUGGUGUUGUAUGUGCUGGUGUUCGGCGCGCUGGUGAAGGCUCAGCAUUGUCCGGGUCGCUGCAUCUGUCAGACCAUCUCACCCACGCUCACACUCCUCUGUGCCAAAACCGGACUGCUGUUCGUGCCGCCGACCAUCGACCGCAAGACAGUCGAGCUCCGUCUGACCGACAACUUCAUCACCGCUGUCCGCCGCAAAGACUUCUUGAACAUGACGAGCCUGGUGCACCUCACUCUGUCCCGCAACACCAUCAGUCAGAUCGCGCCGCACGCUUUUGUGGGUCUGAAGUCUUUGAGAGCGCUGCACAUGGACGGUAACCGGCUAACGGUCAUCAACAGUGACCAGCUGAAGGGCUUGAUCAACCUGAGACACCUGAUCCUUGGCAAUAACCAGAUUCACCACAUCGAACCGUCCUCCUUCGACGAGUUCGUCUCCACCAUCGAGGACCUGGAUUUGUCCUACAACAACCUGAGGACGUUACCUUGGGAAGCCAUCGCCAGGAUGACCACCAUCAACACCUUAACGCUGGACCACAAUCUGAUCGACCACAUCGACCCCGGGACCUUCACGCUCCUCACCAAACUGGUGCGGCUGGACAUGACGUCCAACCGUCUUCAGACGCUUCCGCCGGACGCACUGUUCCAGCAGGCGCAGGUCCUGUCCGACCCCAAAAUGUCCAGCUCCUCCAAACUGACGGUGAGUUUCGGAGGAAACCCGCUGCACUGUAACUGUGAGCUGCUCUGGCUGCGGCGCUUGACGAGGGAAGACGACCUGGAGACCUGCGCUUCUCCUGAACAUCUGAUGGACAAGUACUUCUGGUCCAUUCAAGAGGAGGAGUUCAUCUGUGAGCCGCCGCUCAUCACCAAACAUCAGGUCACCAAACCCUACGUGAUGGAGGGUCAGGGCGUGACUCUGAAGUGUAAGGCGAUGGGUGACCCCGAUCCCACCAUUCACUGGCGUUUUCCCGACGGGAAACUGGUGCACAACAACUCUCGUACGAUCCUGUACGACAACGGCACGCUGGAUAUCCUGAUCACCACGAUGAAGGACAGCGGCGGCUUCAACUGUGUGGCCUCCAACGCGGCCGGUAUCGCCACCGCAGCCGUGGAGGUCAACAUGAUCCCACUGCCGCUUUUCGUCAACAACUCGGGUCACAUGAGGGAGGCCGACCCGGGGCUCUCGGACAUCACCACCUCCACCAAAUCCGGCAGCAACGACACCAAACCACAAAACAAGAGGGUCGUAGUCGAAAACCUGACCGCAAACUCAGCGGUCAUCCACUGGCCGUCCGAACGCCACAUUCCCGGGAUCAGAAUGUACCAGAUCCAGUACAACAGCACCGUCGACGAAACCCUGGUGUACAGGAUGAUUCCUUCGGCCAGAAAGACGUUUAAGAUCAACGAUCUGGCGGCGGGGCGCGAGUACGAGCUGUGUGUGUUGGCGGUGUAUGACGACGGCAUCACGUCUCUGACGGCCACACGCGUGGUGGGCUGUGUUCAGUUCCACACGGGCGCGGAGGCGGGUCAGUGCCGCUUCAUCCCCACACAGUUCCUCGGCGGCACCAUGAUCAUCAUCAUCGGCGGCUUCAUCGUGGCCUCCGUCCUCGUCUUCAUCAUCAUCCUCAUGAUCCGCUACAAGGCUUACAGCGGAGCUGACACGGCCAAAGCCAAAGUGCGAGGAGACGCCGGCGUACAGGUGCACUCACAGACCAACGGGAGUCGCCUGGGACGGUCCGCUUCCAAACAGGAUGAGCUUCCCGAGUCGCCCGGCGCAAAGGACUGCAAGGCGCUGGUGCAGCUGAAGAUGGAGGAGAUGCAGGAGGAGCUGAAAGUCGAGCUGCCGCCUGUUUGCUCUGAGAAAGCAGCGCCAGCGCCACCGUCUGACGAGACGCAGACAGACAGCAGUCUGACAGGCUCCACCAUGUCUCUGUGCCUGAUCGGGUCCGGGUCCAACCCGGACGAGCCCCCUCGGAAGGGGCCAUUGGCUAACAUAGGGCUCCUGCCCAGCGAACUGGCUCGGACUCGGCAUCGCUUCUCCUUCGACGGAGACUAUGCUCUAUUCCAGAGCCACAGUUACCCUCGGCGGGCUCGAACCCGCCUGCACAAAUCCACCACCCAGCUCAACACAGACGUGUCUCCACCCUGCAGCCGGAGGGUGACGUUCAGCAGCACAGAGUGGAUGUUGGAGAGCACCGUGUGACGGACUGAAGCACACACACACACACACACACACACAUGUUCAGACUGUCUAUAUAGUGACAUUGUUGCAGUAACACACACAUUAACACGCAUCAAACAUGACACAACAGCUCUGCUGCCAAACCUAGUGAGCUGCCUACUUAGACGGCGUCUAGAGAUCCAUUCAAAAAACAUUCAAAUAAAUUACUUAUUUCGAACGUUCUAAGAAAGAAUCCUGAAAAAUAAAACGUGUCACAGUUUCCACAAAAAUAUAAACAGUUUUCAACACUGAUAAUAAUCAGAAAUGUUUCUUGAGGAGCAAUAUGAGAAGCAUAUUAGAAUGAUUCCUGAAGAUCAUGUGACACUGAAGACUGGAGUAAAAUUCAGUUUUGAUCGCAGGAAUAAAUUACAUUUUACAAUAUAUUCACAUGGAAAACUUCUGUUUUAAAUUGUAAUAAUAUUUCACUAUUUUUACUACACCUUUUUGAUCAAAUGAACGCAGCUUCAGUGAGCAGAAGAUACUUCAACCCCAACACUAGUGUAUAUGUAUGAUUACAGUGGUUCUUAAGUGGUUUUAAAUUAGAUUUGACAUUCAAAGUACACACUCAAGAUUUAUUUUUAUUUGUUUUUAACCAAGCAAAGUUCUUUUUCGAUGGUUUUUUG